AUGCCUCUCGAAGUAUGGCUGGAGUGCAUCUGCGCCGAGACGCAGUUCGGCGAGGAGCUGGUGGCUGUUGGAAAUCACCCAGCAUUGGGGGACUGGGCUGUGGAGCGCGGCGUUCAGCUGCGAACUGGGCAGGACACAUUCCCUAUGUGGACCCUGACAGCUCCGCUCCUGGUGGCUGAGGACUCUCGGGAGAUGCCUCUCUGGUUGGAAUACAAGUAUGUGAUCCGAGAUGGCCACGGCAACUGCAGGUGGGAGGACUUCGGAGUCCGAUCCCUGCCGAUGUUUAGCUCCACUUCCCCCGCAUCUGCAACAAUGAAUCUGUUGCAAUUGUCGCAGGGCGGCAAGCCAUUGAAUCGGCUCCUGCCCUUCUGUAGGGGCAGGCGCCUGAAGCCAGGGCUUGUACUUCGCAUUGACACGUUUGGAUCCUGGGCCGCGAAGACCGAGGCCACAUGGCACGCCACCCGAUGGGGACCUGAUGUUGCGGGCAUGAGUGCCGCUUUGUGUGGCAACAGCUUUCUUUUCGUUUCCGGAGCUGCAGUGCAUCGUGGGAGCAUCGAGAACUACGCCGCCAGGAUCUUCGCUGCACCUCGACGCUCUCGGCUGCUUCUGGCAUUAGCACAGCUCCGGCAGAAGGUCUUUGACGAAAUGCCACCAGAACUCUGGCGUCUGGUCAUCGACUUCGUGGGGCUUCUCCUGAACAGUCAUGGCGAAGUCCUCGACGUAUGUGGGCCGUUGGAUGGCGGUGAUGGGCCUUUGCCUCUUUGA